AUGUCAGACUUUAUGGAUAAUCCUUUUCCAAUGGAUGAGGAGAUGCCGCAAAAGAAAGAUCCAAUACCGUCUUUAGAAUUAUCAUUGCCAAUACCGGAUGGGAUUCAAUUACUGAACGAUAUAACUCCACAGUAUCCGACACCACCAAAUAUUCAAUACGACAAUAAAGUGAUACGAUCUAAGUUGGAUCAAUUAAAGUUAGAAGAGAUUAAUACGACCAAUGGUACGAAUACUACGACUGAAGAGGAAGGAGAGAAAUAUGAAGAAGAUAUUGAUGAUAAGUUAGACAUGAAAUUACAAGAUAAAUUACAACAGGAAUAUGAACAUGAUUCAAAUAACAGAGAACUACAACCGUUAACACCUCCAGAAAAUUUUGCUCCUGUUAUCAAUCAAAUUUAUAGAUCGUCAUUUCCACAACCAAAUAAUUUCACUUUUCUUAAAAAGCUAAAAUUGAAAUCAAUACUAUGUCUUAUUCCAGAAGAUUACCCACAUUUGCAACAAGAAUUUAUUAAAAAUGAGAAUAUAAAACUAUUUCAAUUAGGGAUGUCUGGUAAUAAGGAACCAUUUGUUAAGAUAUCAUCGGAUUUAAUCACAGAAGCUGUGAAGAUUGUGCUAAAUCCCGAAAACCAACCAAUCUUGAUACACUGUAAUAGGGGCAAACAUAGAACAGGGUGUCUCGUUGGUGUAAUUAGAAGAUUACAGAAUUGGUCAUUCACUCUUAUUUGUGAUGAGUAUAGGAAAUUUGCUGCUCCAAAAGAGCGUCCCAUGGAUCAACAGUUUAUUGAGCUUUAUGAUGACACAGAGAUUUUGAAAUAUUGUCAAGAGAAUUGCUUAUUACCAUUGAAAUGGGAUUAA